AAUAUUAUAUCUAUUUGUAGAUAAAAUGACAGCAUUAGAAGAGCGUCAGCUGAAAUAUAUUAACACAGGAAUUGAUUUUGUUCUGACAAGUAUUAAGGCGGUGCUUGAUCACCUGGAUGGAACUGAGAAGAAUGAUUACCUGGAGAUGCAGAAGAAGUUGGUAAUCGACUAUAUAAAGAUGGAGAUCGAGUAUAAAACUGGCAGAGACAUUCUUAAACGACUACAAGUGCACCUGGAUACAAAAGAGGGAACUAUGGACACUGAUAUGGUUAAAGAAUUUGAGAAUAAACUGGCUGAAGAGUUGAAUGAAGAGAAGCUCAGUAUGAACGUUAUUAGGAAGCAUUCUAGAUAUAUGGAGAUGGAACAGAUCAUUUCAGCCAAGACUGGUAGUUUAGAAGAUGAGGAUAUUGUUGGAGAGACAAAUGCAUAUAUUGAUCCCUGGUCCAAGAAGAAUAUAGAGAUCCCUGUUCGGAAUAAAGUGUGCUCACAUAUUUACGAUAAAGCUACGGCUUUGAAAAUGUGUUCAAGAACUAAAGGCAAGGUCAAGUGUCCUGUGGUAGGGUGCUCUAACAAUAAUGUCCGGUCCUCAGAUCUACAAGAAGACGCGCAAAUUAAACGCGCUAUUCAAAACCAAGCAACAUAAUUGAAAGACGCUCUGCUUUAAGUUUUUUUUUACAAGACUUCUGACUGUAGCCUAAAUGUUUCAAACCGUUUUGGUUUAGGGCUUAUUUUUUAGUUUGAUAAUGUUUCA